AUGGCUAGCCUGUCGACGGUACCGGCCUUGGAAGAUGCCAUUGCGGUUGGAAGCUUCCUGCUGCAAGGAGGUUGGCUGAGGUUCUCAGCCGGAGCGGUCCUUCUUGGAGGGCUCCUCACGAUGGUCCUUGUGUGUACUUUAUGGACCAAACUCGUACGUCUUGAACGUCACGUACAAGCACUGCCCGCCGCUUUCCAGGACCUGCAGAAGGCAGUUGGCAAUCUUGCAAACAACGUGCAGACGCUCCCAGACCAGACUGCAAUGCAAAGCUUACUGGAUGCGGUGGGAGACCUUGCAGCCAAUGUUCAGCCACUACUUGAUCAGAUGCCUAGGCUCCCGGUGGCCCAUGGCACACAAGCGUCCGAUGCAACUCGUAAUGACCUUUCCUCGGACAUGGCCAAUACAAUGUUGUGCCUGGAUGCCAAAAUUCUGGAGCUGAACAACGAGACCCAACGUCUCCGCAAAUCCAUCGGUGAUUUGAAUCACCAAAUGGGUCUGCAACAGCCCGGGUCCAGUGAGGAGGCCAUUCAGCCCCUGAAGGACCUUCUCUUGACCUUGGUCGACAAGCACAAGAAGAUCGCCGAAGCCUUGCCGGUGGUCCAUACAAUCCCGGCGCUGACAAGGACGUGUCAGACGUUGGGACUGGACACACAGAAGCAGUUCAGCAUGCAAGAGACCAUGUCGGACGGCCUGCUGAAACAAGGACGAGAAACCCUCCAAUGCCUACAGAGCGACAACAAGAGCACGCAUGACCGCAUUAUUAAGCUGGAUGCUUUGACUCAAGAACUUAAGGAAAUGCUCAAGCAAUUGGGCAUUGACAUCCAUGUGACUCGUACCAAGAUGGAGACUAAGCUGGACAGCACACAAGCCGACCUGAAGCGCUUCCAAGGUGAGACAAAUUACAGUUUUCGUGGGCUCAAUGUUCUGGUGCCCAACCAUAAAACGCUGGUUGACACGCAGAAAGAUGCGCUGGACUAUUUGGUUCGUGCGAACCAGUCGGAGUCGAGCCGCCAUGACUUGGUGCAACAUACACUGGACACGGUCAGCAAUGUGGAGGACCGCUUGGUGCGCUUGGAGUCCAUCUGCAUGGGAUCGACCGAUGUUAUCAACGAAACGUCGGACCAAGUACAGCAGCUCCGCGAGGCGCAUAACUUGAUGAUGGAGCAAGUCACCACCAUCGUUGAGCGCACACCGAAACUCCCUAAACGCAAUCCACCGCAAGCUGACGCCGCCUCCAGCACUACGCCGCCUCCCCAGCAAUCGACACCCCCUAUGCCGUCGAUGCCGACAGCGCCGAUGCCUUCCGUGCCCAUCAUCGAUCCGCAGCCCAUCAGACUCUCGGACCACAUACAGCCUUUGGUUCGCGAUCAAGGGGGCAUCUACAUGUUGGGAGGCAACUCCACCUUGCGAAAUGUCAGCACACAGGAGCUCCUGCAGGAUUUGCAGCUCCAUGUCCAGUUCACGCA